AUGGAGAUUUUUAUAAAUUACGAGCGAAUUCGUGAAUUAAAUUUGGGCUUACGCAUGAGGAAACAAAUAGAAGUUUUAGUGGUUACAGAGGCCUAUUUCAGAUGUAGGCGGAAAACACAAGCGCAACGAAGUACUCGUGUUUUAAGGGCUCCUAAUGUUUUAUUGGUGCAGCUGAAAAGAUUUACAUCAUUUGGGUCUAAAAUUAGAACUCCUGUUAAUUUGGAGGUAAUUGGUACAAUUUUAUUGAAAUGUCAUUUCGUUUAUCAGUUUAUUGAGCACAUGGGAGGCGGGAUUGAUCAUGGUCAUUAUAUUGCCAUGGUGCGAGGAUUUGAUGGUAAAACGUGGCAUUUGUUUGACGACGAAGAGGUGGUUUAUAUUAGUGUUUUAUUUUUCUUUUAA